CACAUGAGACGAGGGGGUGGGGGGUGGACGGCGGGGGGGCAACAUUUUUGGAUUUAUCCAACAUUUGGAUUGCUCGUCAUCCUUUCAUGCAUAGAAAUCCCAAACUUCUCCUGUCUGGCCACUGAAACCGGAAAAUGCAGUCCAUCAGGGAGCUGAAGUCCAACUUCAGCGGUCCACCUCCUGCCUCCAUGGGCACUGGCCCUGAAGCCUAUCUUCAGGGCAGCAUCAGGAUGACUCUGGAAGACCUUGAACUAUGGAAGACAUUCCAUGAAAUUGGAACGGAGAUGAUAAUCACCAAACCGGGCAGGAGAAUGUUCCCACACUGUAAAGUGAAUUUAUCUGGUCUUAUUCAGUGUGCCAAUUACAUCUUACUGGUUGACAUGGUUCCAGAGGAUGGCUUCAGGUAUAAGUGGAAUAAAGAGAAAUGGGAGGUGGCAGGAAAAGCGGAGCCUCAGCCUCCCUGCAGGACCUACCUCCACCCAGACUCUCCGGCCCUGGGGAGCCACUGGAUGAAGCAAAGCGUCUCAUUCCUCAAGCUCAAGCUCACCAACAACACUCUCGACCAGCAUGGGCAUAUCAUCUUGCACUCAAUGCAUCGAUACCACCCUCGUUUCCACGUUGUCCAAGCAGACGACCUGUUCAGCGUCCGCUGGAGUGUGUUCCAGACUUUCACCUUCCCAGAGACGUCCUUCACUGCAGUCACUGCCUACCAGAACACCAGGAUCACGAAGCUGAAGAUCAAUCACAACCCAUUUGCAAAGGGUUUCAGAGAUGAGGGCACUAAUAAAAAAAGGUGGGUCUCAAUUUCUGCCGAACAUAGCUUGAGAAAUCUUGCUUGUGAAAUUGAUCUAAAAAAGCUGAUGCUUCUCUUAAGGCGUGCAAACAAAAAUCCUGCAUGCAUAGAAAAACGGGCCAAGUUACCAGGUGUGUUGACGGAGGACUCCAAGGACAGCAGUUCACCAGGUUUCUGCCAGUCAUCGUAUGAUGGUUACGAUGGAGAAGAGGGGCGCCUGGCCAAAAGGAAAGACGAGGAUGCUGUAAAGGAAGAGCAAUACUCCCCCUGGGGCGCUGAGAGACAGCAGGGUGUGAGGACCGACUCUCCCGCUGGGGCGGACACAAGCGAUAUCUACAACACGGAGCAGCUCGUUCCCGCUGCUGCAUCUUACCAGCCGUACAGGGCCCAUGAGUACGGAAAGUCUCCGUCCCCCUCCUCCAGCGUCGGCAGCAGCGUCACCGGAUCUGGACGGAGCAGCUACGAGUCCAGAGUUCCCGACAUUGCCACUGUCGCCGAUCACAACUCCUCUAAGCCUGGCCCUUCCCACUGCGGACCCCAGCCCCUGCCGGGCCCCCAGGACUACAGCGGAGUUCUGAACAUGACCAUGGCCCAGGCCGGCAAGCCAGGGGUCAUCGGCCACCACAUUUACAGCCCCUACAGCACGGAACAGCCGCUGGGCCAGUGGAGCGGGCCAGGACCUGCACAGUAUCCCCCUCCUCAUCCUCUGACCGCCGACUACACCGCGCAAGCGGUGCAUCAUGGCUAUCACCAUGGCAACGUGGGCGAAUGGAGCCAAUAUCCGCUGUUCUCUUACUCCUGCUGGUGAGCAGGCUCUUCAGUGUCAAAUGAUUGAGAGCUUAUUAAAUCUGACGGCUGAUGUGAGGUGCACAGACCUGACAAUGCAUGCCCCAAACAACGCUGAAGGCCUGACACUCACGGCAAGAGGAAGGUUCUGAAAGGAGAAGAAAUGUGGCCCAGCGGGCCUCAACUUUCAGGAGACACUGAAUCUCUCCAAACCUUGGAGCCCUGCAGGAUGACCGUCCCCGUCUAUUUAUUUCGUAUUUUGUCUCAUCUACAGCAUAAAUAUUAUUUUUG